AUGGAUGCUCAAGAGCCUCAACAAUUACAAUAUGGCGGCGCAAUGGGUACUGUUGGAGACCUGAGUAUCACUGUAGUGCAGGCAAAAUUAGCAAAGAACUAUGGUAUGACACGCAUGGAUCCAUACUGCAGAAUACGACUUGGCUAUGCUGUCUAUGAAACUCCCACAGCUCACAAUGGAGCCAAAAAUCCUCGAUGGAACAAAGUUAUUCAGUGCACUGUUCCCCCUGGAGUGGAUUCUUUCUACCUUGAAAUAUUUGAUGAGAGAGCCUUUUCAAUGGAUGAUCGUAUUGCUUGGACUCACAUUACUAUUCCUGAAUCACUGAAACAAGGGAAAGUAGAAGAUGAGUGGUAUAGUCUGAGCGGAAAGCAGGGAGAUGACAAAGAAGGAAUGAUUAAUUUGGUUAUGUCAUAUACGUCCUUACCAGCUGCCAUGAUGAUGCAGCCCCAGCCAGUGGUCCUGAUGCCCACAGUGUAUCAGCAAGGAGUUGGAUAUGUGCCUAUAACAGGGCUUGAAUACUUUGCUCUGGGAAUGCCUGCUGUUUGUAACCCAGGCAUGGUCCCUGUGACAAUUCCGCCUCCCGCAGUCAACCCUCAGCAUGUCUGUAAUGAAGAGGAUCUAAAAUCUAUCCAGGACAUGUUCCCCAACAUGGACAGAGAAGUAAUCCGUUCAGUACUAGAAGCCCAGAGAGGGAACAAGGAUGCUGCUAUCAAUUCCUUGCUUCAAAUUGCAGAAGAAUCUUAGAUCCUUCUGCACAUUCCCCAUGUUCACUGUUAUCUUUACUUUUGAUUUUGCCAAGCCAGGGAUUUAGCUAGAGGAAGAACUUUCUGAGAAAGUAUCUGAAGAGUUUUUUCUUUUUUUUCUUUGAUGGUGAUGGUGGUUGUUGGGACACUUACACAUCUGUUUUUACAUAUGAUUUAUGAAAACCUCAGCCCUUUUUAUGAAAUAUCAGUUCUGCCAUGUAUGGCUGCAUUUCUGUGAGAGGCGGAGUUGGGGUUUCUUUGCUGCUCCCCCUUUUUUGUGUUUCUGGGAAACACACAAGCAUAUACAUCUAGUUUUCAGCACUAUGCAUUUUGCAGAUAAAGGGGAGGAUGUAGGUAGUGGGAUGAUGGGUGACUGCUGUUCCAUAGAGUGUUUUUAAGAGAAGUAAUUUCUGCCCCUUUCUGUGAGACACAAGGAGUUAUUCCACAGUACCUUUUUUUAGUAAACCUUGGACAGUGCAGCAGUUCAUAACACUUCCUAAGGUAGACAAACCGGCAUUUUUCUAAUUUUUGCAAUCAUUCUAGAGAAAGUUUCUUUUUAUCAUCUUGUUAAUUGGGCAUGAAUGCAAUAUAUUUGUUUGGUUCUUUUGAUGAAGAGAUAGUGGUUCUUGUCUGAGAUGUUGUUCUGCUUCUGAAAUCUACAGUCACUUAUUUCUCAGGAUAGAGCAGCAUACUCUUGAGAGACAAAAUUGUAGCUUAUUGUGCUCUUUUGUUUACCUGUAUUGGUCUUGCUUCUAUAUAGGUGAGCUGUUUAAAAAGGUGAAAACAGAGGUAUGACAUACUGAAAAACUUGACAUCUUGGUUUAAUAAUCAUGCUUCCUGGUUAUCAGUCAUCAUAAAAUAAUGUUUUGAGAAGAAAUUGGCUUCAUUUUUUUUCCCGUUUUUAGGCACGAUUUUCAAUUUUUUAGUAGAAUAUACACUGUAAUUCAUUGCAUGCCCAGUGACUUCUUUCCAUCAGAGCUGAACCUUACAAAACAAUCCAUUGUUCCAAAUGAGACAAACCAAACUUAAAUACAAUCCCAAUAGAUAGGAAGAUAAGCAUUGUACAUAUUCAUUGUGUAUUGUUAGAUCUGUAGAACUUUGGAACAUAAUACAUUUUAUAUUUGUUUAAUCAAUUUGUUUUUCUUUGUUUUUUAAAAAAGUAAAGUAAUGCACUUUAAUAUGCACAUUUUUCUUACUAUGUGCAGUUUGGCAUUUUGAUCAUUUUAAAACAUUUUAAAUACCUUAUAUUAUUGUUAGCCGUACUUUGUCCUUCCUCAGGUGUUUGAACACAAUAUAGGCUUUCAAAUUGGCUGUGAAUUUUAUUAUUUUGAAAGGAAGCGCUCAUGUUUUUUCAACUUCAUUUAUUUUUGCUCCUUUCUCUGAAGCAUUUUAAAAAGUACUCCACUAAAAAAUUUAGUCCACUAAAAUUACUUUUAUCAUAUCCUCAUAAAUAUUCCUGGUAUAGCCAGCUAUAGUUAAAAUAUUUAUUUUUUUAAUAAUUAAAGUAUAGGUAGGAAAAUAAUUUUUAAAUACUGUACCAAAAAGUAUGUGUUUUCCUUUUACCAUUUGUUACUUAAAAUAUAACUGUCCUACUUUGGUUAGCAGACCUGCAAGUGCUAGUUUUUCCUCUCCCCUCCCCUCUCCUUCUGUUUCUUUUAAAAUUCAUAGAUAACAAUACAUGGCAAUGUAUUUUUAGAGUAUACUCUAGAACACAGAUGGUGAGCACAUGGCACUCAGCUUACUGUUGGAAUGUGAUUCCCAUGAUAUCUCACCAUUGGCUGUGCUGGCUAGGGCUAUUCUGAGUUGCAGUCCAAAACCAUCUGGAGGGCUAUAUAUUCCCUACAGCUGUUCCAGAACCAAUCUUUGUCCAUCAGAAAAUUAGAUUAUUUUGGAUUCUUUUUCAUACCUUGCAGUACUUCCAGAUUGGCAUGUUAAUGAAUAUUAGACCUUUGUAAGUAGCAUCAUAGCACAGUUAAUUCCUGUGAUAUAUGUGAACGUUAGAUCUUUAAACAUAAUGUUGCUCAGAAGUGUUCAGUGAAAAUGGCAAUUGAUUCUUUAGAAAAAGAUGGACCAUUUCGCUGGAAUAAAGUGAGCUGCAUUACUGUGCACACAUUUCUAGAUAUUUGAGUUUAUUCUGAAGUAACCAUCAGACAUAAUUUUAAAGGCUUUCUUAUAGCUUAGGGAUGGCAUUUAAUUGUACAUGUGAAGCUUUUGGAGCUCAAUUAUAAACAUGAUUAAUGAUAUCUGGAGUUUAUUCCCCUGGCAGCAGUUACCCCAAGCAAUGUUUGGCUCAAAAUACUCCCAGUGGUGGAAAUCACAGCAGGUGAUUUUUUAAAAAACUGAAGUAGCCCCUAGUGUCAUCUGCCUCUCUAUUCUGACUGGACCUUCAACUUUCCAAAGCAUGUGUUGUGUGGAAAGCUCAAGUAGCCUUUACAUUAAGAGGAGGUUAAGUUGGAUCCAACCGAAAACCAUUGAGAAUGCCCUUUCAUGUAAGAUAGACCUAGAAACAGGAAAAUUCAAACUAAAUUCCAUUUCCUGAAGGUCCCAACAAUACAGAGCUUGUAGAAGACCCUAGGAGUAUAAAUAGUAGUUCUUCAUUUUUAUAUUUUAAAACUGAAAGAGCUUUCAUAGAUUACUAGUAGCUACUAUAAUAAAAUAUUUCACUGUUAAUAUUAUUUCACUAUUAAUAUUUUUCUGUCAUAAUAGCAAUGCACUAUCAAUAUUAAAUUAGUAUUCAUUUUUAAUGACUACUAUGUAUUUGUCAUUAAAAAGGAAAAGGGGUAAUUGCAAGCAUGACUGUAGUUGUAUGCAUAUCUUGAUUUUAUAUUUUACUGUUGUCAACCGCCCGGAUUGGUUUGCCAUAGGGCGGUAUACAAAUAAAUAUUAUUAUUAUAUUAUUAUUGAUAGCUGCCCAGAUGAAGCCUGAUCCUGCAAACAGUUUUGGAAGUUAUCCCUAUGAAUUUCAAAAACACUUGCAUCCAGUUAAUUGUGAAUAACACUGGGGCACAUAUUUCUGAUGCGCAGAACAGAAAAUGCGCUAGACACCUGUCAGUUAAAGUAAAUGUUGUGCAGUGCACAACUCUUAAUACUGUUUUUUCAUAUGCUCCAUUUAACAAAAUGUCAUCUUCAGCUUUGUACAUCCCUUACUGCCUCCCUCCACAGUCCAGCUGAGGUUUGUGCUGGUGUUGGUAUUAAUUUCAAACCUGCCAAGAGCCUGUGAAUUGUAAAGUGCAGGAAUAUUUUUGUCUAGCUAGAUGCUUGCUACCUUCUUUACUGCCAUUUGAGUGUGUGCUGAUGGUUCCAAGUGUUCCCUUUACUGAUAUAAUUGCUUGUCUUGGCUGACCUGUAAUACUGUAUAGAGAAUGUUUUGCUGUAAUAAUUCUGAAGACAUUGUUUUUUUACUGUAUUGAGGUCUAUAUGUUUGUCUCUUGCAUUGUAAGGUCUUUCUUUCUCAUUCUAUCUAAUUUAAUAAAUGUAUACCAAAUAAUGAUGAAA